AUGGAUGAAGAUGAAGAAGAAAUCGAAGAUGUCGUCGAAGAAGAAUCCGAAUCUGAAUAUACGACAUUAUGGGGUGAAGACGUUGAUAGCGAAUUUUUAAUUGACGAAGAAACAUCCGAAUAUAAUUUAGAAAAGAGAAAAUUUUUCGAUGUGCCAUCGGGAAUCGUAACCGAACAACAUUUAAAAGAUAUCGCACACGAUUUAGGACUUAUAAAAUUAUGUUGGACGGACGUACCUGAAAUCGAUUACGAUGAGCGUUUACAUUAUCCGAUAAGUUAUUUAACAAAUAAUAAAAAAGAAAAAUUACUUUUUUGGUAUGCUGAAAAUUUUAGAUUACAAUUUCACAAUAUGUAUCCACAUCGUAGACCGUUAUUAUUAGCAUGUGAAAACGAAUGUGGCGUUCAGAAAAUGGUUUGUACAACAAUCAGGCCGACAAAUUGUGAAUUUCCUAUAUUACAAACUUGGGAAGGAUGUUCUAGUUUUGUUGCCGAACAUUUAACAUAUGAAGUUUUAGAUAAUCCUACUGUAUUGGUAAGUUUUUUUUAA